AUGGAGGCUGCCUCGCUCGCCUCCGUCGACACCGUCUACUCUGCAGACGCUAUCGAGUUCUGUCCCGGUCGACCUCGCCUCUUCGCUUGCGGGACGUACCAGGUGGUCAAGGGCGACGAAGAGAACGGCUCGGGAGAGACGACGACAGCAGUAGAGGCCCCGGAUGAGGAGGGAACGGAGGCGGGAACGUCGAGCAGUCCCUCCUUCACUCGCUACGGGCGAUGUCUGCUGUACCAGGUCGGCUCUGACGGUCAGAGCUUGGAGGAAGUUCAGCGCUUCGAUGGACCUGCCAUCCUCGACAUGAAGUGGUCUCCCCGACCAUGGAACGGAUCGACUACGCUCGCUAUCGCCGACGCAAAAGGCCAUGUCCAGCUUCACAAGCUCGACGAAGAAUCAAACCGUCUCUCGCCACUCCAGACUAUCGACUGCACCGACGAGUCGACCCUUUGCCUCUCCCUCGACUGGUCAACUCGGCGGAGCGCAACGCCAGAUCCCGCCUCUAUCGUCGUCUCGCUCUCGGACGGCUCAGUCUGCACACUUGGCGGCGAAUCGGCUUUCGAGGUCACCUCCAGCUGGCAUGCUCACGACUUCGAACCCUGGAUCGCCGCCUUCGACUGCUGGGAAUCGAGUACAGUCUGGACAGGUGGCGACGACUUGAUGCUCAAGGGCUGGGACCUGCGACAAGGCUGCGACCGCCCGACUUUCGUGAACAAGCGGACCUUUGAAGGCGGAGUGACCUCGAUACAGAGCCAUCAGCACGUCGAGAACCUGUUUGCCGUCGGAAGUUACGACUCACGGAUUCGUCUAUUCGAUCGGCGGAAACCUCUCGUUCCAGUGACCGAAUUCGACGCAGGAGGCGGCAUCUGGCGGCUGAAGUGGCACCCGACCGACCCGACGAGACUGCUUGUCGCCGGCAUGCACGGCGGCUUCAAGGUGGUCGACUUUGAUGGAUUGGCUCUCAACGGCGGCGUCGAUGCCGACGGCUGGCUCACGCCGGGCGAGAGCAAGCAGCAUGCGCGCUUUGACAAGCACGAGAGCCUGGCGUACGGGGUCGACUGGAGCGACGGGGGAAAGACGGAGGACGGGAAGGACUUGAUCGCUAGCUGUUCGUUCUACGACCACGCACUGCAUCUCUGGGCAGCGUAA